GGAUAGAUGAACUAACAAACUUUCUGGAAGCUCCUUACUGUGACAAAGAGAUCCUGCCUAUGAACAAUCUUUUUGAAAAUGUGAUUCAAUAUUGUCCUAUAACUGAUUUUCCCAUGAAUUCUAAAAAAGUAUAUUCUCCUCUUCAUGAGUGCCCAAGUCUUGGAACAAAAACUGCUUGCUCUGAACCUUUUUUGCUGCCUGACCAAACAAGCAGCUUUCCUCUUCUAUUUGAUAAAUCCAUACGUCCAUUUUCCACUGAGAAACAAGUUUUACCUGAUAAUGGACUUUUUGAAAAUGUUGUUAAGUUCUCUCCUUUGUCUAAUCCUUAUAUGGACUUUGGAAAAAACCAGCCUGUCUUGAAUGAUAUCCAUAGAGAACUAUAUCUGCAAAGAGAAACAUCUGUCUCUCAAAAACAAUCUUCUGCAUCAGCAGCAACUUCUCAAGGUAUAUAUUCCUUUGCCUUUUUCCAUGUGAUUGCAGAUACUUCUUUCGCUGCCCUGCCCACUUAGAUCCUCUGCAAAAAAUAUAUAUUUUCCGGUUCUACUUGACUGGAACUUUCAUUAUUUGGUCCCUCUGCUGCCUGUACGCAGCCAGAUGCCUUUAAACUUUUAGAUUCAGCUCUUUUCUUUAUAUAGUUGCAGAAAUUUCUUCUGUUCAAGAUAGAGAGUCUAACAAGUCUGCCAAAAAAAAACGUGUUCAAGGGAAAAAGGGUCACCGUCGUAGUUCUUCUGCUCUCCGAUCUAGAAAGCAGCCUUCUGGUCAAGCUCGUAAUUCUCAUGAACAUGUCAGGAAGCAGGCUCCGGGUUAGCUUUUUAAUUCUCCUUCACUUUCUAUAGCUUACCAAGCUAUGCAAUUAAGUUGAUUACCUAAGAUGCCGAUACUUAGUGCCUUUCUCAGCUAUAGUUUGUAAUUAAAUGCAGCGAGGCCUCGCAGAGGUCGCCAACAGGGCCUUUUUCAGCUUGAUGAGAUCCCUCAUGAAACCAUUACCCUUCCGGAUGUUCCUAACUGUCACCACUGUGGAGCUAAGAGGUUCUAUUUAGAACCUCCUAGCUUUUGUUGCUCUGGCGGAGAGAUCUCUUUAGUUAUUCCAGCAAUGCCUUAUGAUCUUAAGCGCUUGUUUAUCGGAAAUGAUGAAGAAAGCGCUCACUUUAGGAAUAAUGUUCGAACCUAUAAUAAUAACUUGGGCUUUACAUCCUUUGCUGCGAGGUAUGACCCAGAAUUGACCAAGAAUACGAAAGGUGUUUAUACCUUUUGUAUUCAAGGCCAAGUCUAUCACUUCCUCAAUGGUUUGACGCAGCCAGCCGACAAAUCAUCAGGAAUUCAGUUCUACUUCUUUGACACUGAUGAAGAAUUAGCAAAGAGAACUGGAGCUUGUGAAAAGUUGCGCGAAAGCACUUUAAAAUUCCUUAUGCGCAUCCUUUUGAAUAAUCCUUACACCAAAUUCUUUAAAAGCCUCAGGGAUAUACCAAACCUUGACAACUAUAAAAUCAUCCUUAACUGUUACCCUGGUUUAGACCAACGUGUCUAUAACCUGCCAUCCGCCUCACAAGUUGCUGCCAUAUGGACUGAAGAUGAAAAUGAAACAGUAGACAGGAGUGCUCAUAUUCAGGUCUAUACUCACUCACAUACCAGUCAUAGGAUUAAUCAUUACUAUGGCUGUUAUGACCCUCUACAAUAUCCUAUUCUUUUUCCUCGAGGUGAAUGUGGAUGGCACCAUGGUAUUAAAAGACUAUAUAAGAGGAAAAGAAAUGGGGACUCCUGUGAGGAUGAUUCUAACGUUGAUCCUUCUUCUGUUAAUGACCCUUCGCACUUAAUGGACUUGGAGCGCAGAGGCAAGUAUAUCACUUACUGCUUCUGCACUAUUAAAUAUUAAACUUAGAACAUCUUCUUCAUCGACCGAAUAUUUGUGUCUUAUAUAGCUGUCGAUCGAGCGAAGAACGAGGGAGACACGGUAUCAGCUAGAGAGUAUUAUUGCUACAGAUUUCAGAUAAGGGAUGAUGAUGAAUCGAUGCUAUUGCACUGCCUUAGGCUUCUACAGCAAUUUUCUGUUGAUUCUUAUGUGAAGAUAGAAACUUCGAGGUUGGACUUCCAUAGGCAUCGACAAAAUGUGAUAAGAUCGGAGAUUCUCCAAGGAGUCUUGGACAGUGUUUCUAUAGGCCAGUCUGAAGGGUCUAAAGUCGGUCGUAGGAUAGUUCUUCCAUCCUCUUUUAUCGGCGGCCCGAGAGACAUGAGGCGCCGGUAUCUUGAUGCAAUGGCGCUCGUUCAGAAAUAUGGUAAACCUGAUAUUUUCCUUACCAUGACCUGCAAUCCAGCAUGGAAAGAAAUUCAGGACAAUCUAAAGUAUCAUGAGAAGCCGCAAGAUAGACCGGAUCUUCUAGCCAGAGUUUUUAGAGCUAAAUUUGAGAUGCUCAAGUCUGAAAUUUUGAAUAAGCAGAUUUUUGGUGAGGUCGCAGCAUGUGUCUAUGUUAUUGAGUUUCAAAAGCGUGGCUUUCCCCAUGCUCAUUUACUCUUGAUCUUAAAACCUCAGUACAAGCUGCUUAAUCCUGAAUCUUAUGAUAAAGUUGUCUGUGCAGAGUUACCUGAUCGUACUCGUUACCCUCACCUAUACAAUCUUAUUGUCAAGCAUAUGAUCCACGGCCCUUGCGGGGAUAUGGAUAAAACUUGCCCUUGUAUGAGAGACGGUUCAUGCAAAAGUCAUUAUCCCAGAGAUUUUUGUUCACAAACAACUCAUGCUGAAGAUGGUUACCCACAUUAUAGAAGAAGGGAUGAUGGUAGAAAAAUAAAGAUCCGACGGUUUACUCUCGAUAAUAGGUGGGUUGUGCCUUACAACCCGUACCUCCUUGCUUUGUUUGAUUGCCACAUAAACGUCGAGAUCUGUUCGACUAUAAAGCUGGUGAAGUACUUGUACAAGUAUGUGUUUAAAGUUCAUGAUCUGGUUUCUUUUAAGGUCGUAACUGAUGCCGGUCCUCCUGAUAUCGAUGAAAUUAAUGAGUUUCAAAAGGGUAGAUAUAUUUCGCCUCUCGAGGCUUUUUGGCGCAUCUAUGAAUUUCGUCUAAAUGAGAUGACUCCUUCUGUUUAUACACUCCAAGUUCACCUUCCAAAUCAGCAGUUUGUUUCCUUUGAUAAAAACUCAGAUCUCUUGCUAUUAUUAGCCAAGGCUGACUUUUCAAAAAUCAUGUUAACUGAGUUUUUCAAAAUGAAUGCAACAAAUGCAGUGGCUGAAAAUCUUAAAUGUUUCUAUAGGGAUUUCCCUCAGCAUUUCGUUUGGACUGCUAAGUAUAGACACUGGACAGAAAGGAAACGUCGGAAAGUGAUAGGUAGACUUGUUAGUGUUAGUCCAACAGAGGGAGAGCGAUAUUAUCUACGCCUUCUCUUAACUCAUGUUCCUGGACCGACAUCAUUCGAUGAUCUAUUAACUGUGAACAACAAAAAAAUGAGUUCGUUCAGAGAUGCUGCCUUUGCACUUGGUCUGUUACAAUCUGAUUCGUAUAUAGAAGAAACGCUUGAAGAGGCUGUUGCGUUUCAGAUGCCAUCUUCGCUCAGGCUCUUAUUUGCCACUCUUCUGGUAUAUUGUUCUCCAACUAAUCCCAAAAUGUUAUGGGAGAAGUUUGAACCAGAUUUCUCUAGAGAUUAUGAAAGACAUCAGCAAUAUCAUCCCUGCUCUCCUGAUGAAAUUAGGAGACUUGUUCUGGCUGAUAUUAACAGAUUGCUUGGCCAGAUGGGUAAAAAUAUUAGUGACUACCAAUUGGUGCCGCAUAAUCUCAUGAGUUCAUAUAGCACGUCCCUGACGAAGGAAAUUGAGUACGAGAGAAACAUCAACGUACCGUCAGAGGAUAUGUUACUGUCUUCCAGAUUAAAUUCUGAACAGAAAUAUGCUUAUGAUUUAAUCUUGCAAGCAUGUUUCUCUUCGCAUGGCCAUCCUUUUUUUAUUGAUGGCCCGGGGGGUACCGGUAAAACUUUUUUGUACCGGUCGCUCCUCGCUACUUUGAGAUCACAAGGUCAUAUCGCCAUUGCAGUGGCGACAUCUGGAAUUGCAGCAUCUAUCUUACCUGGAGGAAGAACUGCACAUUCAAGAUUUAAAAUACCUCUUGACUUUUCAAAGAGCAAGACUUGCCAGCUGAGCAAGCAAGGUAGCGUUGCGAAGUUACUCUCUGAAUCCAAAUUGAUCUUGUGGGAUGAGGCUUCAAUGGCCAGACGAGAAACUAUUGAAGCAUUUGAUGAUUUGCUGAGAGAUAUUAUGGAAUGUAACCUGCCUUUUGGGGGCAAAGUUGUCGUUUUUGGUGGGGAUUUCCGACAAACACUGCCUGUAAUUGAGCAAUCAACAAAAGAGGUCCUUUUACAGUCCUGCUUUCUUAAUUCCCCUUUAUGGCCUCAACUUCAUAAGCUAAAGCUGUCAGAAAAUAUGCGAGCUAUAUUAGAUCCUCAGUUUUCUGAAUUCUUAUUAAGUGUGGGCGAAGGAAAGGAACCUGUUGACCUGAAUGGUGAAAUAACUCUCUCCACAGAUUUAGUCAUUCCUUAUAACGAUAAAGAAGAGUCGCUGAACAGGUUAAAUAAUUUACUACUAUGCUGGUUUAUCUGUCUGACUUUUUACCUAUAUAAUUCCUAACUUAAUUUCUCUAUUAACAGGUUAAUAAGUUGUGUUUUCCCGGAUUUACCUCUCUAUUCUCGAGACCCUUAUAGUAUGAUCAAUAGGUGUAUUCUUGCUCCUAAAAACAGUUCAGUUGAUGAGUUAAAUGAUAUCCUAAUUAGGAGAUUUCCUGGAAAGCUGUAUACUUACACUAGCACAGACAAAACUGUUGAUCAGAGGCACCAAGGUGAUUAUGAAGAUUUUCUCAAUUCUCAAAAUCCAAAAGGCCUUCCUCCUCACAAGUUAAUGCUAAAGGAAAACUGUCCAAUUAUAUUGAUGAGGAAUCUUAACCCGCUAGAGGGCCUUUGUAAUGGUACUAGACUCAUAUGUAGAGAACUUGGCCAUCACACUAUUUCUGCUGAAGUUGUUUUCGGCCAGCAUCAAGGAAAAAUUAUCCUAAUUCCAAAGAUGCCUCUACAGACUCCUGAUAAUGAAAAGAAUGGCGUUGCAUUCAUAAGAACGCAGUUUCCAGUCCGCCUUUACUUUGCAUUGACCAUCAAUAAGUCCCAAGGACAAACUCUCGACUAUGUUGGCAUUUAUUUACGUGAACUUGUUUUUUCUCAUGGACAGCUCUAUGUAGCUCUGUCCAGAGCCAAAACUUCAUCUGCGUGCAAGAUUCUCAUUGUUCCGGGGACUUUUGAUGGUACAAAAAAAGACUGCAAAACUAGAAAUGUUGUAUUCAAUGAAGUAUUUCAGUUCAGUUAGCUAUAUAUCUUUCUUGCAUUCAGGUAUAUCUGGAUAUCCCUAUCCCUUAGUUUACUUAUUAAUGUUAUUUCAUCCGUAUAUCACUUUCCAGAUUAUACAUUUUUUUGCUUCUUCUUUUUUCAGGAUGACUAACAUGUUAUCAAUCAGAGAUAUCGCUCCUAAUAUGAAAAAUUGGUGCUGUAUUGUAACUGUUCAAGAAAAGCAACAAGUUACUGAUUCAAUGGGAACACCGACCAAGAAACAAAAAUUGAUCUUCUAUGACUCCGAGGGUUCUAGAGUAGAAGGCAUCAUUUUCAAUGCUGACAUACCUAAGAUGAGUCCUGUUCUUCAAGUUUAUCGAAAGUACAGGAUCUCAAAUGCUGAUGUCAGAAGCAUUCCACCAAAAUUUCAGACCUCUGACUUGACUGUGCAAUGGGUGAUUACUGCUAAGACUGUUAUUGAAGAAGUUAAUAGGGAAGAAGACAUCAUGCCUGUUAAAUUUACCUUCACAGAGUUUGCAGAUUUAGCUCAAUACAUGGACGACAAAGGCAAGUCUAUAGGUAAGUUUUAGCUACCUUUGAAGUGCGAGUUUGCCCUCAUCAAACUGAUUAUUACUUUCCUGACCUACCUUUGCUGUCUCGUAGACGUUCUGGGAGUUGUAAUCAGUUCAUUAGAGAAGAAAACGAUAACUAAGAACUCCAAACAGUCAAAUGUUCAGAAAUUUGUCCUCCUUAAUGAACAGUAGGCACCAUCUUUUUAUAAUCCUAUUACUGUUUUU